AAGUGAUAGACCCAAUUUUAUCUAGAAGCAAUUUUAUCUUGUGUGCUGGAAAAGAACCAUGGCCGAGAGAUGGACGAACACGGCUCUACUCGUGAUCGAUAUGCAGAAUGAUUUCAUAGAGGAAGGUUCGGUGAUGCAAGUGAAAGGCGGAAAAUCUAUAGUUCCUAAUGUUAUUAAAGUCGUCGAACUCGCGAGGCAGCGUGGCAUUCUCGUAAUUUGGGUCGUUCGAGAACACGAUCCGAGAGGAAGAGAUGUGGAACUAUUCAGGCGUCACCUCUACAGCUCUGAGAAAGUUGGACCGACUGUUAAAGGAACAGUAGGUGCAGAGUUGGUAGAUGGACUGAUCAUCAGAGAAGAAGAAGACUAUAAGAUAGUGAAAACACGUUUCAGCGCAUUCUUUGGUACUAAUCUUCAUUCCUUCUUGCAAACUUCCGGGGUUACCAAGUUAGUGAUUGCUGGUGUUCAAACGCCAAAUUGUAUCCGGCAAACGGUGUUUGAUGCAGUGGAGCUGGAUUAUCCAUAUGUGACUGUCAUCGCAGAUGCCACAGCCGCUGCAACACCAGAGAUCCAUACCGCGAAUAUUCUGGACAUGAAGAAUAUCGGCGUCAAGACUCCUACAUUACACGAGUGGUCCGAAGAAUUUGCUUGAGUAUUCGCAUGACAAACUUCAUCCUUAAACCCUUGUUGUAUCUUCUUCCACCUCUUGUUUUUUGUUUGUUUUCCUUUGUAUAUUUGUAAUUGAAGAAAUGAAUGAAAUAAAGUAGAAAUCUUGCACUUAUUGUAGCAAUUUUGUUUUUGUAAAAAUUAAUAACGUAUCUCUU